AUGGCCAUCACCAUUGAUGUUCAAAUAAUAAAUAAUGGCUCGGAAUUUGAACCCAAUAAAUUACCUCCACCUCCACACCCACCUAUUCUCCACCCGAACGAUAAUCCGCGACAGCGAUCAUCAGUGCCGCAGCCACAACGUCUUCCGAAUUUUGUGCAAGGAUAUCGAAAACAGCGUCGCACCAAGCAAAGCUCACCUAAAAUUUUACAUGCGAGUAAGACACUUCCACAUGAGGCCAUGGGACAUGGAGACUUUCGAGACGGGGACAGCAGUAUUGAUGACAAUGAGUCUGUGCUUUUUGACGAAUUCGAAGAUGCGAGUUCAGUAACUACAGAUGAUUCGUUAUUCGAUGAACACGAUAAGUAUGCGCCUCAAAGCGAAGCGUUGGAAGACUGCAGCGCACCGCCUCCAGGGGUCACCGCGCUGAUCCUCUCUACCGGCUGCACCACCGCCCUGAAAACAGGUAUUUACGGUAUAAGGAGCAUCACCGUCCUGAACAAGCGCAUUAUCCGUAUGGAGAAGUGGAUAUUUACCCAGAAAACAGCACACCCAACAUCCAAUAACCGACGAGACCGUCAUGGGGUUCCUCCUUCCCCCCGCAGUACACAUACACUUCCACCUCCGACGAGAUACGCCAAUACCCAUAUCCGGGACGAUAUCGGCCAUGACAAAAACUGGGAGCGUGCCAAGCAUGAACGAGAACGGUCGUUAGGCGAUUACGUGCGCGAUAAGCGUGGACGGGAACAGGAGAGCCAUCGUCGACGCUGGGACCAGGGCGUUCAAGUGCACACACACCACGCUCAACCCAAGGUCGCUGCAGAUCAUCACACCACUCCAUUGCCACGAGAGGACCGUUUUGAUCAAUAUGCAAGGAUGGCGGAUCUUAACCAAAUGGAUGGGAGUGGUCCGCCAUAUCACCAACAUCAGGAUAAAUUAGUUGACGAUGCAUUCAACGACCCGGACCCCUUCGGUCGUGAGAGAGUUAACCCCGCUCCCAUGGGUUUUGGGCCAAUUGACAGUGAGCGCAUGGCUUCCCGUCAUCAUCCUCAGAUGGAGCAACCACAACAAAACCACUAUGCGACGUAUCGCCGCUGAAAUCGGCCGAAAUUGUGGUGCAAUUUUCCCUUGCGUUUCACCCUCCUUUGCCUGAACAUGUUGAACUUUUUCUCCCUUUUUGGUUUCUUUUUUGGAGUUUCUAUGGUAUUUGGUAAGGAUAUGCUAGGUUUGGAACAGGAUGUGCCAGCUCAGUAUUUAGGACUAUGGCUCAGGUUGGAUGUGUGCAUCGUGUUAUAUUAUUAUGGUUGCCUGCUUCCCCCUGGAUUGGUUAAUGUGCAAAAUGACACAUGUUUGCAAUGGUUAUUUGUCUUGGUAUACUUCUUUUUUCUGGUUAUUGAAAUCGGUAUCAAAAUCGACAGAUCCCUGAAUACCACAGCCUCAACACGAGCUAAUGUUAUAUUUGUUACUGAUCAUUGUGAGUGAAGUAUUUCUUCUAUUUUAUCCCUUUUGCUGUUUUAUUCUCUAUUUGAUUCUUGAUGCCUAUUUCCAAUAUUCUACAUAAUGAUUCCAUCUAGUGAGAUUUCAGGCCAAAAAUGUAUCAUGCUGUCUUGCUGUAUUUUAUUCUAUUCUUUGCUUGUGUUAGUGAUCUCUUCGUCCGGAGUUCAAGUUUGUAGUUAUUUAUGGAACUUAUGAAGCUUU